CGCGAGUUCCGGAAACCUGGGGCGAGCAAGUGGAGCUCGGAAAAGCCUCUGCUUCCCGGGAAGUGUUUCCGGAAAAGUUGCACGGAGCUCGGGCGUUUCGCACCCUGGUCAGUUCCUGACUAAUAUGAAGCAAAGAUUUUACAGAAUAACUUGCAGCAAAACUCCCUACUUCCAUAACCAUCGAUUUACAAAUUCUUGAAGGAGCUGUAGGAAAGGGGGAAGGAAAGGUCACCCCAGGAAGCCUCUGGCACUUAGACUGCCAAGGCAGGCAUGGCUUCGGGAGAAGAGAAGUUGAAGAGGACAGACCGAGUGCUCAGAGUAAGUCAGCUAGACGCGCUGGAGCUGAACAAGGCCCUGGAGCAGCUCAUUUGGUCCCAGUUCAACCAGUGCUUCCACGGGUUCAAGCCGGGCCUGCUCGCCCACGUGGAGCCAGAAGUGAAAGCGCUCCUGUGGCUCCUCUUGUGGAGAUUCACCGUCUACUCCAGAAAUGCCACCGUGGGACAGUCGGUUUUGAAUAUCCAGUACAAAAACGAUCUGUCCUCAAAAUCCCAGCCACCGACCCAGAGUCAGAAGCUCUGGUACGCCGCCUGCACCAUCGGCGGGACGUGGCUGGAAGAACGCUGCUACGACUUGUUCCGAAACCACCACUUGGCGUCGUUGGGGAAGGCGAAGCAGUGCCUCAACGUCACCAUUGGACUCUUCAAGCUAGGCGGGCUAAUCAAUUUCCUGAUCUUCCUCCAAAGAGGCAAGUUCGCCACCCUGACAGAACGCCUCCUGGGCAUCCGCUCGGUGUUUUGCAAGCCCCAAAGUGCCCGUCAGGUCAGCUUCGAGUACAUGAACAGGGAACUUCUCUGGCACGGCUUUGCCGAGUUUCUGAUUUUUCUCCUCCCCCUGAUCAAUAUCCAGAAGUUGAAGGCCAAGUUAUCUUCCUGGUGCAUCCCUGUGAGCGGUGCCCCCAGCCGUGACAGCACGUUAGCCACCAGUGGCAAAGAGUGUUCUCUGUGCGGGGAGUGGCCCACCAUGCCGCACACCAUCGGCUGCGAGCAUAUCUUCUGUUACUACUGUGUCAAGAGCAGCUUUUUAUUUGACAUCAACUUUACGUGUCCCAAGUGUGGCUCAGAGAUACAGAGUGUGCAGCCGUUGAAAUCAGGGAUAGAGAUGUCAGAGGUGAACACUCUCUAGGCACUCAAAAGUGUUUUCUCUGAAGAAAAUGGUAUUAUUAUGUCUAGAUCCUUGAUUGUCUUCACCCCAAGGAUACUUAGAUGUAUGUCUCUAAAAGGGUAGGGCUGCUCAGUUACCAAGUUACCAGCUUCUCUCUUUCCAGGUGUUGCUAAAAUCUUAUCAUAAAAAACCAUGUGAUGCUAAAUAUAUUGUGAAAAUACAUUUUUUUUUAAAAAAAGAAAUCAUUGCAUUAAAUUUUAAUGUCAUGAAUAAUGGGUAGGGUUUUUUUUUUUUGUGAGAUGACCACUAGGAAUACUUUUUCAUUUUGCUGCUCCUAAAAAGAGGUUAAACUUUAAAAAAAUAAAAGAUUUUGGAGA